GGGAAGGUCAAAGUCAGCCGUUGAUAAUUUUGUAGUAGUUUGUUGUGGUGUAUACGCCUAUAUGGUGAUGGAUUAUAAUGCAAUCAGGGAGGAUUUUCGGUCAUCUUAUGACUAUUCGUACGAAGGUGUACCUACUGACGAAGAAGAAGGUGAUGAAGACUUCUCUUCCCCACCCCAUGUCAAUAGUUGUAGCAGACAGUCUGUGAUUUUCCCUGCGAAAAGACGCCGUAUGGACGACUCCAGCUAUACGCAAACUCAUCCAAAUGGGCAGUCUUCCACACAGAAACAUUCCACGCAGUUGGAGUCUUGUUUGGGUCACAGUAGAACCAUUGUUCAUGUUGAUAUCGAUUGUUUUUAUGCACAAGUCGAGAUGAUCCAGAGACCUGAACUAAGAGACGUUCCCCUCGGGAUUCAGCAGAAACAUAUCGUGGUCACUUGCAAUUAUAUCGCGAGGGAAAGAGGGGUGAAGAAACUUGUUUACGUAAGCGAUGCCAAAAAGACAUGUCCUGAUCUUGUUUUAGUUAAAGGGGAAGAUUUGACUGUUUACAGAGAGUUUUCUGGCCGGGUGCACUCUUUGCUAACAGAGAGAUUCACACCUCUGGUAGAAAGGUUAGGAAUGGAUGAGAACUUUUUGGAUGUGACUGAACUUGUGAAAGCACGGCUGCUGGCCAUGGACCCCAGCUGGAGGGAGUAUGUUGGGGGUUUGUACACAAGCAGUGUUGAAAAAUGCAAAGACAAGGACAUUAAUGCAUGUCCUUGUGGUUGCCAUGAGAGACUAGGAAUUGGAUCAUUGAUUGCAGCAGAAAUCAGACAAGCAAUUCUGCAAGACAUUGGUCUGACAUGUUGUGCUGGAAUUGCUCACAACAAACUUCUUGCUAAACUUGUGGGUGCGUGGAAAAAACCCAAUAAACAGACGACAUUACUUCCAGAAGAUGCAGAGAGCUUGUUGUCAGGACUUAAAGCAAGAGAUAUCCCAGGUAUUGGACACAGCACAGCCAAAAAGCUUCAAACAAUUAACAUUUCAUCCGUUAAUGACUUACUUUCUUGUCCCAUCCAUGUAUUAGAAAAGGAAUUUGGCCAUUCUCUGGCAGAUCUGAUGAUCAAACUCUGCCAUGGGAUUGAUGACAGUAAAGUUACUCCCUCUGGAGAGUUUAAGACAAUAACUGCCGAGGACUCUUUUAAAGGUUGUUCAACACAUGAGGAUGCAACAAAGCGGCUCAGGGGUCUUGUCAGAGGGAUACUUCCAAGAAUUUCUUCUGGUACUGCGUUACCUCAGACUGCGAGAGUUUCUGUUCGAAGAAGAGGGGAAAAGUCAUACAGAAGGGAGAGUCGUCAAUGUCCAUUGCCACAAGAAAUCUGUUUUGCUGACAAGGAAAAAGCAGGAGAUCUUCUCUGGAAACUUUGUGUCUCAUUGUUUAAGAAAGUUGUGGAUGUCAAUAAACCAUUUCACUUGAAUCUUCUGGGAAUUUCAUUAACAAACUUUGAGAAGCCAUCUAGCAGUCAAGCCAAAGACAUCUCAAACUUUUUCCAUAAGUCUUGUGGCAAACAUGCAAAUUUUACACCCUGUAGGAGUUCGGAAUCAAAAGGGGGUUAUCUCUCUGAAGAGGAAGACUGGGCAGCUUUGGCCAAGAGCUGUGAAGAUGAAUCAUCUGAUCAAAGAACAAGUUACAUUGGCACAACCAACACUAAGGACAACAAACCACUAGGGAGUUCCAAGUUAACCAUACAGCAAACACAACCUGAGAGAACAAGCAUUGAUGAGGCUACCAGGGAUGAGGGUCAACCAGCUAUCAUUUGCCCUAGCGGCAUAGACCCUGCAGUUUUUGUCGAGUUACCUCUUGAGCUGCAGAGGGAGUUGCAGGAGCAAUGGCCAAAGCCAGCCCAGGAAACAGUGAAUACCAAGAGAGUUACUCUAAAGGAGAAAAGACAUGCUGGAAUUCAGAGAUACUUUGCUAGAGGAGGUGUGAAAAAAGAUUCUAGAACACCUGAAUAAAAGAGGCAUUCCAACAAGACAGAACUCAAGCUCAGUUUACUCAAACUGUCCACUAACUCCCAUAAAAUGCAAUUUCUCUUGCAUUUGACCCCAUAUUUUCUGUCAUUUCAUAGCAGCUUACUCAAACUCCCCAUUAACUCGAACAGCUAAUCUUCCUUUGUCUUGGCAGUAAUUUUCCAUGAUAACUUGAACUUUGAAAAUAAAAAUUGUGAUCACUAAACCUCAAAGUGUCAGAACAUAACUAAUUCACCAAUCUUGGAAUUCAACAGCAAUCACAGGAAUCCCCAUUAAAUAGAGCUUGCUUUUUUCAGGGAGGAAGUGUGAGUUAGCUGGUUUCUACUGUUUCUUGUUUCUGAAGAAAUGCAUUUUACCAAAACCAAUAGAAUUAUCCUUUGAGGUCAAUUAUCCAUCAUGCAUUUACCGGUAAACAAACUCAUUUUUACAAGAAAGCUGUUUGCUAGACAAGUCAAGAGCACCAUGUGACAUUGACAUGAUAAAUGCAAUAACCGCUGUAGAAAUUGCAUUCAAAGUAUGCCCCUUGUCUGCGAAGUGUUUCUUCUGCAGA